CUGCCUGAGUGGAUUUCAACAAGCUUAGGCCUGGCCUGGUUCAGCAGGAAGGGUAGGCAAUUAUUUCAUGAGGGCGUGUCAAGCUAAACUCCAACAGCAUUACUACUGUCAUUCUACUGUAAUCCUGAACACCUGUGCUGGGGGAUGUGACAACAUGCCUCUGUUUAUUAAUGGACUUUCUAUUGGACAUGUUCCAAAAUCUCUCCAAGAAUUCUUUGACCGUUAUGAUUUUAAGAGCUCGUCCAAACGACUGUGCUGUCAGUCCUGUAAGAUGCAUUCACAGGAUGAAGGGGUUUUAUAUGUUGGUCAGCGAGAGAUGGCAGUCACUUCUCCCGAGGAUGGAGUGUUCAACAUUCUAGGAACAGAGGAUGCCACAACAUGCCACAUUGUUGUUCUACGCCAUACAGGGUCUGGAGCUGUAUGCCUUGCUCAUUUUGAUGGCUCAGGUGUACAGAAGGCAGCCAAGGAAAUGUUGAGGCUUGUGAAAGAGUUCCCAGACAGCAGUGGAAGACUGGAGCUCCAUUUGAUCGGAGGUUUCUGUGAUGAGAGAGGUGUUUCAGCUGAGCUGUCCAUAAAAACACUCGAGGCAUUCCAUGACAUUGAGGAUGACAUCUUUUUGGAAACCUGCUGUAUCACAGACAUGAAUAAUAUCCGGAAGAAAAAUUUGCCUUUUCCCAAUAUCUAUGGCAUUGCUAUAGAUAUUAAAACUGGGGAGAUAUCUAAAGCGAGCUUUGCUGACCAUGGUCCUGACCAGCCACUGAGAAGUGCUCGACACUUUACAGGAUCUGAAGACGUUCUCAAUAUUUAUGACCCGAAAAGUAACACGCUCACCAUUGGUCCCUUUAACUAUUCAACUAUGGAUGAAAUUGACCUUCUAUGUGGACUUCCAAAAAGCUUUAUCAGAGAGCACCUGUCAACAUCACCUGAACAGGAACCUCCUUACUUUGAAGACCAUGUACGUGCAGCACUACUACAGAUUAAGGAGCAUCCGGAGCCUCUCAAGACAGUGUUUAAAGAUGGAAAACCUCACUGUUACAAACUGGAGAACAAAAAGUGGAAACCUGUAUGAUGAUGUAAUUACAGCAUGUGUAUUCAUUAGUGGUCAUUUGUCUUGUUACUGUUAAUCAGGAUCUUAAGAGUUGUCUCCCUUGGUAUUUCUGUGAUAUUCAUUUUACUUAUGUUUUCCAUGCCAUUUCAUAUGCACUUCAUCAUGGAAAUUUCCAAGUGACAUCAUUAUCUCUGCAUGCUUUAUAAUGGGAAAAUCAUGUUGGAAGUUAUUUACUUAUAAUUUUGUCGAUUUGGAGAUGAGGCGUCAUAGUAGAUGCGGUCAGGUGUUACUGAGGCAGCCAUGAGAAACUUGCAUUUAACUCCAUCAGCAAGUCAUAUAUCAUCUCAGAUUUUAUUUACAGAGGAGGUAGUGACAAGAGUUAUUGGUUGUUGAUGGUAAAGCUAAUUAAACUGAAUGGGAAGAUUUUUUUAUCCAUCAUCUCAGAGCCAGCGAGUCUGAAAAGUAAUAAAGAUUGACUUUUUUGAAGACAUAAAUUUUGAAAGGUUUUUUACUCAAACUCUCAGGAACUGCCUCAAAAUCAGUUUCAAGAAUCUACUUAAGUAAGUGUGGUGUCACCUGAGUAUUGAUGGAAAUAUCUAAGGUACAACAAAUUCUUUAUCUGAAGAAUGUUAUCAUAUUUCAUAUCAAAAUUAUGUUUGUGAUAAAAUGUUGAAGUCAUUUAAAAUGUGUAUGGAACUUUCUGAACUGAGUUUGUGCCUUUUUUCGGCAUCUCUUAUACCAAUAAAUGUAAUCUCAUUUUUGAUAGAACAUCCACUCUUGUGUUUUAAUGCUUAAUUUCCAAUUAUAGAAUUUAUCAAUUUUGUAAAUAUAUUUAUCUGACAGUAUGCACGUUUUAUAGAAAUGCCAGUGAUUUAUGUUUGUGUUGUCUUUAUGUUUUGUCAGAUUGAAGUCGUUAAUCUGGGUUUGAAAAAGGAUAUUAAAUAAACACUUAUUUGUCUAACUUGGAGUUUACUCAUUGUUUCAAGAGCAAACAUACUUGAAAAAAAAUCGGGAAAUAUGUUUUACAUAAUGUUUAUCCGUCCAGAAGCAUAAUUUGUAAUGCUGCUUGCAGACUGGUAGGUUUUCUGUAAAGUUGAUAUGUUGUUUGCCAAAGUUAAAAAAUAUUAAUUCAGUUUGAUUAUAUUAGGAUAAAACUUUCAUACUUGAAAUGUAAUUAAUAAAACUACUAGACAAAAAUUUGUACAAUAGUUACUGUGUGUUAAAUGUAAAUUAGUUGGUGAGGAAAAAAUAUCUUCAAAUAAUUCUUUCCAACAGUAAAAGAUACCUGUGUACAUGUAUGUUAAGUAUAUUUGUUAAUUUUAACAAUAUUAAGUUUGUUAUUUACCUGUAAAUCACUUGCAUUUCAUGUGGGAUUUAUUUUCACAUUAAUUUUUGAGGAGAACCAAUGACAAACUCAAUCCCUCAUGAUUGCUUGUUCAAAACUCUUCAUGACAUCCUUGUUAUUCCGCUGUUAUCACAACUCGCUUUUACAGACACUUCUGUGAGUUUAUAUAUUCCAAUUCAUAUUAUCACAAACUUAUCUUUUAAACAUAGAGUUUAAAACAUGAAAAAGAAGUAUGUUAUUGAAUUACAAUAUAAAUAGGAAAAUUGUAUGAUAAGUAUAAAUAUGCUGGUAAUAUGAAACGCUACACAAUAUGUCUGUCCUAUUGAAGUACUUUUCAUCUUACUUUGAAAACAACUCCUAAAACUCUCCAAGCCGUAAAGCAUGUGGAGCAUUCGUUUCUACAGAGUAGUCUGUACUCGUAGAUACCAUUUACAGUAUCUCAUGACUGAAUCACUUUUCAGGUAUAGUUGCAUGACUGUCAUAGACAAAAUGGCGACCUAUAUAAAGCUAUCAGUUGCUUAUAUGGGAAGUUUUUUGAAGUCCAUGUCUCUGAUCACUCUCACUCUCAUCAAUGAUGAAUUCAUAGUCAUUUCUAGACUAGGGUCCACAGAAUCAUGUAUUCGCGAAUUUGUCUGCAUUAAAUGAAGUAUUCGAGAAUUCUAAUUGAUUUAUGGCAGUUUUCUUGAAAGUUAAUGUAUAUGAUAUAAACAAUGAAUCAAAAAUAUAUCUCAUGUUUUUAGCACAUGUCAAGUCUUCAAAUACAUGUAGGUAAUGUGUCUCUUCAAUUCAGACUUUACAUGAUUACUGUAUAUGUACCCUUGAGUUUAAACUUCAGUAGAAUUCAUAACUAGAACUGAAAUAAGGGGAAGAAUCCAUGUUAUUACAUUCCAAAAAUUGACAAAGAAAAUAUGAAUAAAGCAAUCAGUCUCAAUGUUAAAAAUCAUUAGAUUAUAUGCAAUUUUUUUUUCUCUGUUUUGGAAAGAUCAAAGUUUUAAUGUUGUUUUCACAUCUUACAAGCUUUCUUGUUAUUUUAUGAACCCUUUUAGUAUGUGAUACCAUUAAAUCUAAGUAUGUCCACCUUGUCCCAGCCACUGUGAUUUACUGCCAGACCCAAAGCUAACAAAGGGUCUGUAUUAUAACAUGUAAUGCAAACCUCUGUAUUACCAAUGAAGGGAAAGACCUUUAAAGAAUAAAAACUUAAUUUAGGAUUAUAUAACUGAAAAUAUAUUUGUAACUGAUAUUUCCACUACAGCAGAUGCCGUCUAUCUUAAUGACAAUUUGAUAGGUCAGUGUAUGAAGACACUGUCUUGCUACCAAUGUGGCAGUAUAAGCAGAAACCUAUGAUUGUGAUGAGUGAUAUAAUAUAAAAAGCUUGUCCUCACUACUCAUUGCUUGUAGAAAUUAAAUAUGUAUCAGCUGAAAGUUUUCCUGAACCAAGCUGUUGUGGUUUAUGUGAUAAUUCUACAUGUGUAUGACAAUUAAUUGUUAUGAAUUAAACAUUUUA